UUUUGAAUUACAAUGUCAAACUUAAAUAAGUGCAAUUUUUGUCAAAACUCAGCUCAACAAAAAUGCAGUGGGUGUCAACAAAUAUUCUAUUGUUCCAAGGAACAUCAAAAAUUGGACUGGAAAUGCCACAAAAAAAAUUGUCAAUGUUUUAAGAUCACAUCAAAUAAAGAAAUAGGAAGAUUUUUAUCAGCAACAAGAGAUAUAAAACCUAAUGAAAUAAUCCUGAAAGAAAAACCACUUAUUUACGGACCUGCCCAAGAAACAAUACCAGUUUGUUUAGGUUGCAAUCAAGAAAUUUCUACUAAUAAUUAUAGAUUGUGCUCUAAAUGCCAAUGGCCAAUGUGUAGUGAAAAAUGUGAAGCCAACCCGAGUCAUUUGCCAGAAUGUAACUUCAUUAGCAAAAGCAAAGCAAAAAUAUCUCCAAUUCCUAAACAUUUUUAUCAAUGCAUACUUGUUCUGAGAUGUCUUUAUCAAAAACAGCACAAUCCUAGUUUAUGGAAGAAAUUAAAUCUUCUAGAAUCUCAUUGUAAGGAGAGGCAAACAACUCCUGGAUAUUACAAUGAAAAGGUUAUGGCAACUGAAUUGAUACAAAAAUUGUUUAAAAUGGAAUUUAGUUUAGAUGAGAUUUUGAAAGUUUGCGGUAUAAUAAUGGUAAAUGCUCACGAAGUGCCUUUAUCAGAACCACCUUACGUUGCAAUCUAUGAAAAAACUUCAAUGUUUGAAAAUAAUUGCAGCUCGAACUGUUCCAAAACUUUUACAGAAGCUGGAGAAAUUUUGAUUACUUCUGGAGUUCAAAUCAAAAAAGAUGAUCAUUUAAGCAUAUGCUACGCUGAUCCUUUAUGGAAUACUACAAAUAGAAGAAUGUUUUUAAAUGAAACCAAAUUCUUUUGGUGCACCUGUAAACGUUGUACAGAUUUAACAGAGUUUGGAUCCUACUUCAGUGCUGUCAGCUGUCAAAAUAAAUUCGAUGGUGGUAUUCUUUUACCUACUAAUGACGACGAAAACUGGAUUUGCAAUAAAUGUAAUUCUACUGUGCCUAAUCUUUUGGUUAAUAGUUUAUUGGAUAAAAUUGGCAAAGAAAUAUCGGAUUUGGAUAAAAAUAAUGUUAGUAAAUGUAAAGCUUUUAUAAAUAAAUUAAAAGGAAUUUUGCCUUCAAACAAUUUCCAUUUGGUUGAUGUUAAACUGGCACUGUCUCAGCUUAUUGGGCAAACCAUGGGAGGAUUAGCACAAGUAUCUAAUGAAGAUUUGGAAUUAAAACGUUCCAUUUGUGAAGAGCUAAUUAAAUUAACUGAAACGAUAAUUCCCAGUGAAAAACGUGUAAGGGGUUUGCUCAAAUUUGAACAUCAUGCCUCUUUAGCUGAGUUAGCUAGAAGAUCAAAUAAAAAUAAUCAACAAAUAAAAUUAAUAUUAAAGGAAUCUGCUCUAAAUCUACAAGAUUGCAUUGAACUACUUAAAUAUGAACCAAAAAUACUACCAGAAGGCCAAAUAUGCGAACAAGCCCGUAAAAACAUGAACGAUUUAAGUAAAUUUAUUAUUGAAAAAUAAAGUUGUCAUUAAAUU